AUGGAGGAUGCACCUUCGCCCAACAACCAUGGAAAUAAUACAAAUUUCAGUAUGAGACAACGAUCCAAAAAAUAUCAAGCUAGAACAACAACAACAACAACGCAUAAUGAACAAUUUAGAAUGGAACUGCCUUCGUUUAAUACAGGUUCCCCAGCAUUUCAUGCAUCAACACCUCAACAACCUGCUGCUGCUGCUUUAUCUUUGAAUAACGAGGAGCCACUAAUAUCAAAUAUAAAUGAACAACAAUCCUUUGUACUAAACAAUUAUUUACAAUCUACGAGGAAAAUGAUUAGUAGUAAUUUGCAGCCACUAAUGCCAUCUACUCAAAUACCAUUACAAAUACAAACUCUAUCUGUCGAAAAACCCAGUGCAAGAGAAAAAACUCCAGCAACUGAAUCAAAACAAUCAGUAUCAAUGUCAUCACAUAACAUGCCAACAUCGGAAACAAGAAUGCAAUCAGUCGUUAUGAAUUCAAAUAUGACUACGGAUAACAAUUUAUCAUCGUCAACACCACCACCACGACCUUUAACAGCCCGUGAACAUGAUAUUUAUAAAAAAUUAUGUGAGAUUAUUUUAACAAUACAUAAAAGCAAAGAAUUUGUAUCGCGUGAACGAGUUCAACGAGAAUUAUUUCAUUAUUAUAAUGUUAACUCCUGGCAUGAUUUAAGAGUUCAAGCAUCAAGAUUUGAUGCAUUGAUGGAUCUUACUGAUCGACAAAAAAGUGUGACAUUUUACAUGCAUGUCUUCGAACAAAUAUUUAAUUUAUGUACACUAAAUGAUCUGGAGUCACUUCUUGCUAAAUUCUUGAAAGUGAAAACAUACGACGAUCUUCUAUUAGGUCCACUAGGUAAAAAUCCAGACGUGCAACGAAUAUUCAAAUAUCAAUCAACUAACCCUGAUCAACCCAUUAUUCAAAUAACUACUGGACAAGUUAUUAGAAGUUUUAUUGAAUUUCAAAAAGCACAUCGACAUCAACGAUUAAUUCCAUUUGAUGCAUUUAUCGAUCAUCUUGUAGAGGAACAUGAACUUCAAUCACGUGAAGAAUUAGGUCUUUUUUGCAAAUCAUUUCCUUAUUUAGUACAGGUGACCAAUACUCUACGACGAGAUCAAGAGUUUCAUAUACAGCAAGCAAAGGAACAAUCAAAAAAGGAUCUUAUUGAAGAUGUUCAUGCACAUUUGGCCGAAUUCAAAGAAAAAAUGCAAGAUGAAUUAGAACUUUCAUCAUUUAAUAAGAAAAAAACGCCGACUGCUGUAUUCAAUUACCUCAUAUCGUUUGUGGAUAAGUAUUUGAAUUUCAUACCUGAACAAUCAAUAGUCUUUGCAAUACUAACCCAACUUCGUGAUGAUGAAUUGUUACGAUGUUUAUUCAAUAUAAGCAUUUAUUUAGGCACUAUUGAUAAGCCGGAAAUAUUUAUUGCGGAGCUUAAAAAACUUUAUGGUCAUCAAGAGAAAAUUCCGCCUACAAGAGAAACAAUGAUGAUGCAGCAAUUAUCUAUUAUGACUGAAACAAUGAGCAAAAAAGAUCGCAGAAUAGUGAAUCGCAUGAUUCAACAACAACAACCACAACUAAAAUGUUCAAACAUAAGCGCCGACGAACAAAUAUCAACCACAAAUGCAACAUUUGCUACUCCAUUCAGUACAUCUUUCUCAAGCUCGUUAUUGACAUCGCAUCUAAAUAAACCUAAAACACCAGUAUGUCUCAAACAGCUUUGUUCUGAUGUCUAUGCUCAUUUGGUUCAUUACGAUACGCCACUGACAAUAAAACAACUUCUCAAAAUUGAUGAGGAUCUCUGUGCUCAAUAUGGUGUUGCUCAUUUUUCUGCAUUUACCUAUGAUGAGAACGAUAAUGACGAUAAUUCUGCAAGUUUUAUUUCAUUUCUCAAUAAAUAUCAUCAUAUAAUUGAUCCUCAUGACGAAUUAUCUGUUUAUGAACAAACAAUGUCAACAGAAGAUCGAACAGAAUUGUAUUCAUUUGUUCAACAGUUAAGCAUCGUCAAUAAUGAUGAAAUAAAUGAAGAAUAUCAAUCACAAUCUGUAGCAUUGAUUCAUGGACAUGUAAACACUGAACAAAUUCAUAUAAGUGCAGAAAAAUUAUCAGCAGUAGAAAAAGCAGUUAAACAUAAAUUUGGUGGAUCAAUUAAUUUUCGUAAAGGAAAUCAAAUAAUAAAGAAAGCUAGAAAACGAUUUCACAAAAAUAAACACAGAAUCAUUCGCUUUGAAGAAUCUUUAUUAGAUAUAAAUGGUUUAAAUCAAUUAGAUAUUUGUCCAAUAUCAUUGAAUGUUAAUGAAACUGAAUUAUGUCAAUUAAUACUUCAUUGUCCAUUGAUGACCAAUCUUUAUAUAUGGUUGCAAUGGUUCAAUUUUUUUCAACCAAAAUAUGGUACUCUGAAAUCAUUUAUUGCUAAGCAUGAACGUAAGUUCAAAGAUCUUCGCUUACUUGAAACAUCAACUGGAGAAGUAUAUCGUUUACCUAUCGAUGCCAGUCUUGCUACAUUUGAACAUGAACUCAACGCAAUGCAUAUUCGUUCAGCUGUUGGACAUCUAGUUUCAUUGAUUAUUGAAGAAGGUUUAAUUACACGAUUUCCAAUUAAUGUUUAUCGAACAUCAAUGGAUACUUGGUUUCGCCAUCUUAGAUCUUUGGCUACAUUACAAAAUGAUCAUAUCGAUCCAAUGCAUCAUAUACUUGAAUUUUUAAUGUAUCUACCAAUACUUAUUGGUCAAUCAAGAAUUAUUGAAGAACUUAUUCUUGUACCACUUGAUAAAGUGUUUGGUGAUGUUACAGAUAAUCCAAUUAAUGCACGAACAAGACUCUGGGAUUUAGCAAAUGUACAACAAAGAAUAAAAUUAGAAUCAUGGGGUCAUACAGUAAAUAUUGUCGAAUGGAAAAACGAAAAAAAAUGGUUAGGGGAUGAAGAAUUAGAAGAAAGAUCUAUUCUAAAAUCAGAAAACGAAUUUAUCCAACAACAACAAAAUAUUGAUGCAGGUAGAUGA